CCCUUGUUUACAUGUGAAAUAAUACAUUUGUAAUUUGUAAACUAACUCUUCAUUAUAAUACAUGUGAAUAAAGGCGUUUGGAAGUACCACUUGCUGCCGAAUAUGGAGGAACUUGAAUCUGUCAGUUUGAUUCAUUCAGAAUAAUUUCACAUUAAUAGGUACAGCAUAUUGUCAGCCCUAUUGAAAACACCGCAAUAGACAUGACUCAAAAUGAUUAUUUAUUCAACUGCUGCUCGUGACAUAAGAUUAUUGAUGAACUAUUAUUUUUAUGGAUAUUACUUUAAGGCUGAUGUCAUAACACCAACAUCAAACGCUAAAUAAAAGGCGGAAGAUUAGGUUAUGCCAUUUUAAUUCGGAGUGAAACAAAGCCGCUUAUCCUUGAUGAUGCUGGGGCGGUGCCGAAACGUUUACCUCUUUAGACCGGACGGUUAGAGCGGCCAUAGGCUCCCUAUUGGGUUUAGGCUGUACCACGCUCACGCCGGUGUGUCGUCACACUGGUGCUGUUCCUCUGAUUUCAGUGAACAAUUUGAUAGUGCAUGCAACUCCUGCGCGGCUCCUCUGUGUUCCUGUACAGUGUGUCCCGACACAGGAUAAUGGUCCUUAUAAAGAGCUCGAGAGGAUUACAACUCGCCUUCGGAAUUUAUAAGCGAAGUCAUCAUCACUCAGUUGGAAUUAUUGGAGCGCCUUUUUCAAAAGGACAGCCGAGGGAUGGUGUGGAGAAAGGACCAGACCUCAUUCGCGCCGCCGGAUUGGUGGAAAAGCUCAGAGCGCAAGGCUGUGCGGUCAAAGACUAUGGCAACCUGACAUUUGUGGAUGUGGCCAACGAUGAGCCCAUAGGCAAUGUGAAGAGACCCAGAGCUGUGGGCAGCGCCAACCAACGUCUGUCUGCUGCCGUCCACGCCGUGAAGAAUGACGGAUACACCUGUGUGAUGCUGGGAGGAGACCACAGUUUGGCGAUAGGCUCAAUCCAGGGGCAUGCGGCAGCUAAGAAGGACCUCAGUGUGGUAUGGGUGGACGCCCAUGCAGACAUCAACACACCACUGACCUCCCCUACAGGCAAUAUCCACGGACAGCCCAUGUCCUACCUCAUCCGUGAGCUGCACUCCAAGAUUCCAGUUCUGCCCAAUUUCUCCUGGAUAAAGCCAUGCGUAUCAGCCAAAGACAUAGUCUACAUUGGCUUGAGAGAUGUGGAUCCAGAGGAGCACCAUAUCCUGAAGUUACUGGGUAUCAAAGGUUACUCCAUGACAGAGGUGGAUCGUCUUGGAAUAGCCAAAGUGAUGGAGGAGACAUGUGACUACAUCUUCUCAAAGGUGAAGAAGCCCAUCCACCUGAGCUAUGACAUCGAUGCCCUGGACCCAUCGAUCUCCCCGGCCACAGGAACCCCAGUAGUGGGAGGGCUGACCUACAGAGAGGGAGUCUACAUCACAGAGCACAUCUGUCAGACAGGGCUGCUAUCUGCGGUGGACAUGGUGGAGGUGAACCCUAAGAGGGGCAGGACAGACGGUGAGAUCAGAUCCACGGUCAACGCGGCAGUAGAUCUGAUACGUGGUUGCUUCGGAAAGCUCCGGGAGGGAAACCACCCUGCGGACUACAAGAUGCCCCUGCCUUGAGCUGCCAACCACCACCAGAGCCUUCUAUUACAGUAAAGAAGUGUGGCCAGCUUUCUGCACUUCAAUAUCGUUUUGACUCUUUCUGUAAUCCAGUUUGAACUAAUUGCCUUUUGUAUCAAAUCAUGGAGAGCGAUUUAAAAUAGAUACUGUGUAUUUUUUUCAGAACUGCUUCAGUGUUUGGUUGGUAUUAAUACAGUAACUGCAGUAAUACAGGAAUAGUUCUGCAGUUGUUCCAGUCAAUUAUGAGUCUGGUCUGGACAAAUAAUGUAGAACACUGACUUGCUCACACUGUAGUCUUUAGUGAACACUUUAUUUAGAAAAUAUUAAAUCUCACACGUACAACACAUCUGGCCACACAUCCCAUUAUUACAUGUAAAACAAAAGGACUGCAUCUUGGAGCAGAGGAGGCUGGUGAUAGGAGGAUGGGCUCAUUGUAAUGGCUGGAGUCGCACAUUGUUUCCAUUCCAGACACUGCAAUGAGCCCGUCCUUUCUCCUCCCACCAGCCUCCUCUGCUUUGGAGUAUAUACACACAUUCUCUAACAGAUUUCCCUGGAUCAGCAUAGGCUUAAACUGUGGAGUGGAGGAGCCAGGUAUGGAGUGAUACAUGGAAUAAAUAUUCCUAUUGAUUCUUAGCAUCAGCUUUCAUUCUGUCAUUUAGAGAUGAAAUCCUUUGAUUAUCAGACCAAUUAAUCAACAAUUGAUCAGGUACGAGCUUUGCGUCAGUCACAAAACGGAUCAGUCAGUACUUAUAGGCUGUUGUAUUUCACCGAGGCAGAAAGAGGAGUUGGAGAGACGGGAGGAACAGAGAGCAUCGAGAGCGACCGACAGAGGAAGAAAAACCAGGAGA